UAACAAACCAUCUGAUAUAAUGUCGAAUAUAAACAUAAAAUAUGGUUUACCUCGUAAUCAAGACUCUUCUUAUGAAGAUAAAUUAAAACUUAUUAAAGGUAUAAUAGUAUCUCCUGGCGAAUUAAUAUCCGAAGGGGCUGGAUAUAUGAGAGGGCAUGGCACAUAUAUGAGUCAAAAUGAUACUCUUUAUUCAUCUGUAUUAGGUGAAGUUAAUACUGUUAACAAACUUUUACAGGCACAACAUAACAGUUCUAAAUAUUUUGGUAAUGUGGGUGAUCUGAUAAUUGGAAGAGUCACAGAAGUUGGCAUAAAAAGAUGGAGAUUACACACGAAUACUAAGAGAGACUCUUACCUUUUGCUAUCUUCUAUGAACCUACCUGGAGGAGAAUUGAGACGAAGAUCAUUGGAAGAUGAAAUUCACAUGAGGGAUGUUUUACAAGAAGGAGAUUUAAUAACAGCAGAGGUACAAAUUGUUCAUAAAGAUGGCUCCCUUUCAUUGCAAACCAGAAAUUUAAACUAUGGAAAAUUAGAUGACGAAGGUUUAUUCAUAUCCGUUCCUCCCUACUUGAUUAAAAGGUCCAGAAAUCAUUUCCUGAAGUUGCCUAUCGGCCUCAAUCUUUGUCUUGGAAACAAUGGUUUCAUAUGGAUCUCCAUUUCACCUGAGGGAAAGAUCAAUAACAAAGAUAAUGGUAAUGAGUGUGAAGAAGAUGGCAGCACAGAUAAGAAUGUGAUAGAUGUGGAGAUGUUUGAGAGAAUGGUAAGAUUAAGGAACGUGAUCAUAGCCAUGUCCAAUCACAAUAUUAUGCUCUACGAAGAAAGUAUAGCUGUCUGCUACGAAACCUCCCAAUUUUACAAAUCCAAAACAUUGAUAGAUCCAGAAAUUUCGAUAAAAUUUAUAUCUGCUGCUAGAAGGAAAACACAACUAUGAAAAAAUUUCAUAUUUGAUCUUUUUUUUUUGAUAUGUAUGAACUUGCAAGGAAAUUAAUAAAAAAA